CUUCAAGGACCAAUCGACUCCUCGGUGCCGAUAAUAGUGUCCACUUCUUUACUUAUCGGUAUGCCAUCCACGGUGUACAUAAAAUGCAGCCACCAUCCUAGAUAAGUGUCAUACCUCACGCUCUCCUCGAGUCUCUGCCUCCGACGCAACCACUAUGCGCUUAGCUCCAGUGUACUCUCAAGAUCCGUCCUCCUCUGAAUUUCUUCUUCAUCAUGAUUCGGCAUCUUCAUCAUGCCCUGGGCGCUGGAUAUACACGACUAAGCAUAUGGAGGUCGACCUUGGCCCUCGUAUCUGGGGACCAUCGCAUGUUCCUUGUUAUGGCUUGAACGGGAAGAUCGAAGGCUCGAUCCGCUUUUUAGGCAAUCUAAGCUCGGUAACCAAAGUCACACUCACACUCGAGGUACGCCUUACCACAUCAGAGCAACGGUCUUCGACGCUUUUGUCGCGUACCAUUCCCGUAUAUACGCCCUUUACCGCGUCCCCCCCGCAGUGGAACGAUAUUUGCCCGUUCUCACUUCCUGUACCCACUGAAAUCAACACGAAUGGGGGUGUAUCAAGUAUGCCACCGUCGUUCUCUUGCUACAGCUACAAUACCAUGUGCGAUGUCUCGUAUUUUAUCAAGGUGUGCAUGUUUCGAAAGAAAAACGUUUUCUGCACACAUGAAUCUCGUCGCAUACCCAUCAUGUACCUUCCAAAAUCCGAGCCGUACGAACUAUCCUCAUCUCAGAAGCUACCUUUAACGGUGCAGAAUACGUUCCUCUCAUACAUGACACCGCAAUGGAUAGAUUCGAAGAAUGGACAUGGUCCACUGCGUCCUCCAGCGAGCUUUCAUGAUGCAAUAUUCUUUUCCCUCCCUUCUACCAUCUUUGUUUCAGGCGAAAGAAUACCUUUCUCCGUCAGCCUUGAUACUAUCAAACACCCACUGCUGUCGCAGGUCUUAGACAAGAACAUAUAUGUUACUCUCGUGAACAGAGUUUCCCUCUGGUCCGCGGCCGCCAGUUCAAAACCCGUGUACUCUGAGCGACAAAUAGCAUCCGGCUCCGUGAAGUCUCGACAUGAAUGCCAGGGUAGAGUUCUCCUCCGGGGAUUCAUUCAAGCAGGAUGUGCUGGGAAGGAAAAUUCGUGGUGUCUUGAAGGCAUCGCAAGCGUGACGUACAUUCUUCGCGUUUAUGCGACCAUGCCCAAGCAUCUCGUUGGAAAAGUCCCUACGUUUCAUCAUGAAACUGUCAUAACAUUGACGACGGAUGAGUGGGGUACAUCGCAACGAGAAUUGAAGACGAUGGGCGGCAUUCCUACGCCAGCGCUUGGUCUUCAAAUCAUACACAAUGACGAACCGACCACACUCGCCAAUGUGUUCAUUAUUUGAAGAGAAUGGUGUCACUUUCUAGAUGAAUACUGUACAACGUAUCACUUGGAUAUUAUCAUGCAACAUAGACUAUAACCUGAAAAUGUUCUCGACAGAUUGGAGCUUGUAUUUAUGAAGCC